UACAGAGACAGGAGCUCACGAAUUGAAGCGCACACAGAGCUUGGCUGGGAAAUCGACAUUUAAUGCAGAUCUUAUAUAAAGGGUUUGUUUAGAAAGACGGAAUUAAUUUUGUGGAUCUUCAUUCUUAUUAUAUACAGGCCUUUAUAUAUUAUUAUAUAUAUAUGUUAUUUGAUUGGUGUAUGCAGCUAAACGUUUUUUUUUCACGUUUCCAGAUCCUAUUCCCAGAACUGUCACAAAACACGAUGUACUAAAAUGAAAAUUGGUGACAAGUUUGAUUUGUGGACACCUUGACAACGACGACUUCUCAGCGAAAUGCAGCUGUCUAGGUUGCACCAGUUGCAGUGAAAACACCGCUGUCAACUUAUUUUGUGAUCAAAGUACCUGCGUGCAGUUUACCUGGCGUGUCCCUUUGAUCAAUUACUGCGUUAAGAGCGGGCUGAAUUCCAGUUUACAGGAGCAGAGACAGCACUGUGCUAUUUGAUUGGUUUAUAAUUCUUAAUAUAAACUAUAAACCGGUUUCCUUUCUGCAAUCCAGGUCCUAAGAUGAAAAUGAUCAGGAUUUUGGAGGAGAUUUUCAGACAGUCCCCGCAGAGCGUUUUGCUGGUUUCCUUGACGGUAUUAGCAGUCAUACAUUUGUGGAGAUGGUUUCAGAAAUGGGUUAGGAGCACAAAGAAGGGGCCAGGUCCACCUGGUCCUUUCCCUUGGCCAGUAAUCGGAAACGCCGCCCAAAUUGGCAGCACCCCGCAUAUAUCAUUCACCAAGAUGGCACAACAAUACGGAGACGUCUUCCAAAUCAAACUGGGCAGUCGCAACGUAGUGGUCCUCAAUGGCGAGGAUACCAUUAAGCAAGCGCUCAUCAAGAAAGGGACGGACUUCGCUGGCAGACCCGAUUUCAUCUCCUUCAAAUUGGUCUCCGGUGGAAAGAGCUUGGCAUUUGGGAGUUACAGCAACUUGUGGAAGGCGCACAGAAGGAUCGCCCAGUCCACAGUCAGAGCGUUCUCUACCAGCAACCCGCAAACCAAAAAAGCAUUCGAGCAGCACAUUAUAAGCGAGAUUAGGGAACUGGUCAAGGUUUUUCUGAAGAAAACGAAGCAGGAGAAGUAUUUCCGACCGAGUCAGAUCCUGACUGUGGCCACCGCCAAUAUAAUAAGCGCGCUGUGUUUUGGGAAGAGAUACAGCUACGAGGACGUGGAGUUUAAAUCGGUGGUUGGCAGGAACAACCAGUUCACUGAAACAGUAGGGGCUGGGAGUCUUGUGGACGUCAUGCCGUGGUUGCAGAGUUUUCCAAACCCAAUUAAGACUAUGUUUGGCAACUUUAAGAAUCUCAACUUAGAGUUUUUCGCAUUCAUCGAAGAUAAAGUGACCCAGCACCGUGCCACCAUUAAACCGGGGAUCAUUAGGGAUAUGACGGAUGCUUUCAUCCUGGCGCUCGACCAAGGCAAGCGUGGAACUAACGGGGUUCUGUUGGGAAAAGAGCACGUGCCUCCCACUGUCUGUGAUAUCUUUGGGGCGAGCCAGGACACCCUCUCCACCGCACUGCAGUGGAUAGUCCUGCUUCUCAUCCGGUUUCCUGAGAUGCAGACCAGGCUUCAGCAAGAGGUAGACAACGUUGUUGAUAGAACUCGCCUGCCGUCAAUUGAAGACCAGCCCAGUUUGCCCUAUGUCAUGGCAUUCAUCUAUGAAGCCAUGCGCUUCUCCAGUUUCAUGCCAGGCACUAUUCCCCAUUCCACUACUACUGACACCUCAGUAAACGGCUACCACAUUCCUAAAAACACGGUUAUCUUUAUAAACCAGUGGUCAGUCAACCACAAUGCGCAGAAGUGGGCUAAUCCAGGAGUCUUUGAUCCAACAAGGUUUGUGUCUAAGACUGGGGAUCUCAACAAGGACCUCACAAACAGCGUUUUAAUCUUCUCCGUUGGAAAGAGGAGAUGCAUUGGAGAAGAGCUCUCCAAAAUGCAACUUUUUCUUUAUACAGCUAUACUGGCACAUCAGUGUAACUUUAUUGCAAAUCCGGAUGAGCCAAGCACACUGGACUCCUGUUAUGGUCUGACUCUGAAACCGACUCCAUUCUCCAUCGCAGUAACACACAGGGGCAGCAUGGAUGUGAUGGACUCUUAUGUCACGGACCUGCAGAAAGCUGACAACAGCAUGUAAACGAAUAUAACUGAACUGAUUCUACAACAAAUGAAGGUAAAGAAGAAUACAGAAGUUGGUUUGCUGAGUGGCCCCUUUUGCCACUAAGUGUUUCUUAGAUGGAUGAUCAGUGAAAAAUAGAAUUAUCCUGCCUUUUUACAUUACAGGACUUGAAUGACAUACAUAACCUUUUAACAUGAUUAAACUGGUGUUCAUUAAACACAAAAUGUGUUUAGUUUCAUUUGGCAUACACAAACAUGAGUAUGAUUGUACUAACUGCUGUCACCAGUAUUAUUUAAACUCUCUGCUUUUGUCUUAUACAUACUAGCCUAAAUGACUAAAAUGUUCACAUGUUAAACACAUUUUGCCUUGUAAAUAGAGUAAUUUACUUUUAUUGCUUUAGUUAAUAAAAGUUAGUUUGUAUCAAAUCUGUUUCAUUUAUGUUUUUUUUUUUUAAAUGAAAAGCAAAUGCUGUCAUUUUACACAUGCCAAUGUUUUCUGCCAAUCACAUGUACUGUACAUGUAUUUUUGCGCUUUGAAACAAUUUACAUACAGCCUUAAGUACUUUUUUGAUAAUGUGAUUUUUGUAAAUUUAAACCUUCUGAAAGGAUCUGUUCUUAACCAAAUACGCUGGCCUUGCUGUGAGCUGCGAGUCAAGACAAUUUGAGCUAAUUCACAAGUCUUCAGUGUUUUUCACUCAGGUCACAAGUCUCAACACAGUGGACAUUAGUCUACAACACAAAACAACCACAUAACUCAGAGUAAGUAGCAGUCUCUGCUUGAAAGAGACACAGGACUGAAUAGCAGAUGACUUUAAACCACGGGUGGCCAAAGUUGGCCCUUCCAGUCCUGAUUGUUGUUCCAACCCUGUAAAUUGAACCAAUUAAACCUGCACCCAGACCCCAAAGUAGUUCAUUAUGUCAACUGUUUUUAAUUAGCCUAAAUAUGAACUACUGCUAUAUAGCCUAAAUAGCACUGGGUCCCAUCCCUAACCUAUGAAUUCCAGUUCAGAUCUUUAUUCCAACCAUGUAGUACUUUGAUUGUUUAACUAUCCAGUGCCUAGCUGGUGCUGAGAGCUGUGAUAUUUUAACAAUAGCGAUACAGGCUGUAUAAUUAAAAUCUGUAAAUAUGCCAAUAUUAGAUGUAGAGCACUGACACACCUUGCAUGUAGUUUUUCUUACAUCCUAAAAAGGGUGCUAUGCUAUUUCUCUCAUUCUAAAUACAAAAACAAACAAACAAACAAACAGAAAAACAUGAAUCUCAGGGGUUUAAAAACUGCAAAAGAAAUCCUGAAUUUAGCCUGUGUUACUACUGUAGAAAAUAGUAAUCAUGCUUCCAGUUUAGAUCUAUAUUAGAUCAGCUACUGUUUAUCUUUUAUAUUGUGAGAUAUAUUGUGAAACAAGUUACACAGUUUGUCUUUUAUUAUAAAAAAGUUAUAAUUAUACAUGGUUGUAGAAUUCUAUGUUUUGUUGAAAACUGUAUUUCUUUAUAUUGUUAUAAGCUUACAAAUAUGUAGAUGGCUGGUGUUCUGAGUAUUUUUGUAUUUUUUAUCAUACAUUUUUUUAAAGUUAACUGUUUUUGGGUUUAUUAUAUAUAUAUAUAUAUAAUACAUUUACAGUAACAUAUAUAUAUAUUGCAUUUAUACUGCUAAUUAAACUAACAUCUUAUUAAUUUGUAAUCAG